AUGUCGACGAGCCCGGUCAUCGGUAGGUGCGAAGCGCAAAUCUUCGGGCACCAUCGACGGCGACGCCUCCAAAGUCCAAACCCCACGCACUCGGCAUUGCCGCCGGCACCACGAUAUCACCGCUCCGCCGGUGUCAUGAGGCCUCUGCUCUCCCGCCUAUUCGCCCCCAGUCACAUCGCCAUGGCCGCCCCCUCCGCAUCGCCGUCCCGACGGCUCGCCCACCUCACACGCCACCUCCUCGCCUCUUCCUCGUCCUCCCCCUCCGGCGAGCUCUCCUCGGUGGGCGCCCCCGCCGCCGCCGCCUCCGGCCCAGCCCGCGCGGCCGCAUCCAAGGCCUUCGCCGCCGUGCUGGUCUGCAUCUUCGAGGACACACGCGGGGACCCCCGCGUCCUCCUCACCAAACGCGCCUCCACCCUCUCGUCCCAUUCAGGGGAGGUGUCGUUGCCGGGAGGCAAGGUGGAUCAGGGGGAUGUGGAUGUUAAGGCCACGGCUCUGCGGGAGGCAGAGGAGGAGAUUGGGCUGGACCCGGCGCUUGUAUCUGUUGUGACAGUUCUUGAGCCCUUCUUGUCCAAGAAUGGCCUUGAUGUUACUCCUGUAAUUGGCAUUCUUUCGGAUAGAGCUCUAUUCAAUCCUGUCUUGAAUAAAGCUGAAGUGCAAGACAUCUUUGACGCCCCUCUGGAGAUGUUUCUGAAGGAUGAUAACCGGACAACAAGACAAAGGGACUGGAUGGGGAAGACUAUUCCGGUCCAGUUCUUUGACUACGAGGCAGAGGGCAAAAAAUAUGUCAUUUGGGGCUUAACCGCACACAUUCUGACCCGUGCUGCAUCAGUCGUUCUACAGAGACAGCCAUCAUUCUCUGAACUUCCGAAUAGACCAGAAACUAUUCCCACCAGCAAGCACUGA